GAGUAAUUUAAAAUUAAGAAAUUCUGUUUACAAAUCAGUUUUCCGACAUCACAUUUAGUAUCUGUGUAAAGUGUGUGUGGUCGUCGUCAUGUCGGCCCAAGAACAGAUGCGGAAAAUGCUCGAUGAGCUGAUGGGGACGUCUCGAAAUGGUGAAAAUGCAGGACGCUUUCACUUCACGGAUCCAAAGGUUUGCCGCUCAUUCCUGCUCAAUUGUUGCCCACAUGACAUCCUUGCUAGCACGCGUGCUGAUCUAGGUGCGUGUUCCAAACAUCAUGACCCUGCUUUGAGAGCUGACUAUGAGCAAGCUGCUAAAAACAAAGACUUCGGAUAUCACAUUGAUGCUACACAGCAUCUGCAGUCUUUCAUUGCUGACUGUGAUCGGCGUACAGAGAACUCCAAGAAACGCUUGUUAGAAACCCAGGAAAGCCUUAGUGCUGAAGUCAACCACAAGGCUGAUUGUGUUCAUGAGAUGGCUGAGAUGCUGGGUAAGAAGAUAGCUGAUGCUGAGAAGCACGGAGAGGAAGGUGACGUAGAGAAGUCUAUGGAGGUCAUGGCAGAGGUCGAGGAGAUCAGACAGAAGAAGAUAGCAGCCGAGGAGGAGCUAAGGAACUCCAUGCCAGCAUCCACCUACCAGCAGCAGAAGCUACGUGUCUGUGAGGUGUGUGGAGCAUACCUUGGCUUGCAGGAUAAUGAUCGCAGGUUGGCAGAUCAUUUUGGAGGAAAGCUUCAUCUUGGAUUCAUUGAGAUCAGAGAGAAACUCCAAUGGCUCCUGAACUAUUCUGAGCAGCAACGAGAGCAAAGAAGGAUGGAGAGAGAGCGAGAUGACGAGGAGGAGCCUAAGAGCAGUAGCAGCUAUCGUGACAGACGAGACAGAGGAGACAGAGAUAAGGAACGAGAGAAGGACCGUGACAAAGAACGAGAUAGGGACCGAGAUAGGGACCGAGAUAGGGACCGAGACAGGGACCGAGACAGGGACAGAGACAGGGACCGAGACAGGGAAAGGGAAAGCAGCAGUCGCAACAGAGACAGAGAUAGGAAUCGAGAUCGGGAUAGAGAUCAGGAUCGAGAUCGGGACAGAGAUCGGGAUAGAGAGAGAGACAGGAGAAGAUCUAGAUCUAAGUCUAGGAGCAACCGUCACAGACGCAGCCGGUCUAGGGACAAAAAGAGGUCUCGAUCCAGGUCUAAGGACCGCGACAGGAAGAGCAACAGAAGCAGAGAUCCUGACCGUGAUCGAAGGCAUAGGUCAAGGUCUCGAGAUCGCGAUCGACACUGUGAUCGACGCCACCGCUCGCGUUCCAGGGAGCGUAGUAGUCGUCAUUCGCGAUCCCAUUCCCACGAGAGUGGAGAAACCAAAGAGGAACCACGUGUGAAGGAAACCAAAGUGUCUGAUUACGAAGAAGGGGAGAUGAGGCAGGAUGAUUAUGAAGCUCCGCCCACGGAGAUGAAGACGGAGACGAAGAGAGAACGGAUGAGCUCUCCGGAGGAUGGUGAAGAUAGAGAAGACGAGAAAGGGAAUGAAAUGGAUGAGAAUCCUGAAGAGGAUGUAGCUCCCGCAUUUUGAGCUAGUUUCGAUGAUGCAUUCUGCAAUGAUCUUGCUCACUUGUUUUUCAGGUGUAUUUGCCAUCCAUUAUGGUAUCUUGUGGUCAUGUUACCCAUCGUUAAGAACUAAUCAAAUGCUUUUGAUUCCUAGUCCAAUAAUGUAAUAGGAGUUAUUCAAUAAGCACUUGUCACAGAUUUUGUAUUCCUUUGUGUAGUGUGAAUCCAAAGUAAUUGUGAGCAUGUGUUGAUAUGAAAAGUCAUAUCCAGAAACCAAGCCAAAUUAUAAACAUAAUAGCUCUAUACCCUUUAACAAAAGGAAUGUGUAUGUUUUAAUAUACAAGCUUUGACUUUAUUUAACAAUACUUGAUAUACUUUUGGACUUAAUUUUUGCUUUUCUCCUUGUGUAUAUAUUUCAUACCACUGUAUCCUGGAUGUGGGAUCUACAUUUUAAUUGAUAUUGUGGUUUGUUUAUGUAUUCUAUUGUCCCAUCUGCUCGCAGCAACUUUAAGUAGUAGCUAAGCCCAAUAUCUUGUCAUUUGUCUCAGUUUUUCAUAAGAUUAGUGCCAAUGCUCUACAGAUGUAGUAGUCUUAAAACUUUCAUCAGGCAAUCAGGUAACGCUUUGGAGAUGAAUUAAGACAAGACGUUCAAAAUUUUGGCAAAUGAUGUGGGCAAGCGGUUGUCAGUUUACGCAAAAAAAUGCAUGUUUGUGUCAAUCUUUUGACAACACACUUUCAACGUAUUGUUGUAAACAAUAUCCCUUGAAACUCUAUAAAGCAUUGAAUGUUUGGUGACUUAGGUUCAUAUUAAAUAAUGCAAAAUUUACACAGAUGACAGGUGGUAGAGAGAAAAGCUUGAUAACAGUUAUUAUAACGUUGAAAUAGGAAAAGAAAUUAAUAUAGACACCUUUUACCUUUGAACAUGCAAUGAAGUGUAUACUUACUUGAGAGUUACAUAAAAUCUGAUGUUAUAUUUCAUUAGUUUCUUUGAAAACUUGUUACUCUCAAGAGCAGAAGUGUAAGAAUUAGUUCUGUGUAACUUUCGAUUAAAUUUUUUAGGUGCAUGAAACCUGUUAUAAAUCCUGUAUCUUCAUUGUUCUUGAAACUAUUGCAACUUUGAGAAGCCGGUCACAGUGAUUGGUUUUGUGUAAGUUUUUAUUUCAAAUCCUUUGAAACUUUGCAGAACACUUUGUCGUAAGCAGAAUAUAAAUCUCUGCAAUAAAGCAAGAUGGUAGCAUACAUGGCAAUAUUUUCACUAUUUUAAUUUAAUUUAAUAAAUGGCAUUAUUCUAUGUGAUGUGAUCUGAAAUUCUGAAUCGGCAUGGACAAUGUACAUUGAUUAAGGUAGCAGUUUUACUAUGUACAUUUUCCUUUCAAAGUGUGUUGUGAGUUUUCAUUUUCCUUUCUCUAUGCAUGGUUCCACACUAAUAUAUGCCUGAUGCCCUUUGACACGCAGAAUUGCAUUCCAGACCCCUAAAACUCUUUAAUUUUGAAAGUGGCCCACGUGCACAUAACAUCUCAUAACUUUAGUCUAGACCCGUUUGUUUCAAAAAGAAAGUUAUUAGUGAGUCCUGCUGUGUUUAUAUUUCAAAAACAGAUGAUCACUAACUCAAGUUUUUUGGUCCCUUUUUUUUGCUUCAUAAUGAUCAAGACUCAUUGUUCAUCUACACAUCUUGUUUUAUAUGUAAAAUUUAAAUGUGUAUCAUAUUCUUUUUUUCUGCAAACAACAAUAAUUUCAUGUGUAAAAUGA